AUGAGUAACGAUGAGAUUGAACAGCGCUGCACUGUGCUACGACAGGAACUGAAGGUCUGGGAAAAGAAGUUCGCCGCCGAAAACAAUGGUCGGAAGGCGGGACGCGAUGAUAUCAAGGCCAAUGCCGAGAUCUCACAAAUGUACAAGGAGUACAACAAGCUACGAGUACGGUUAUCCAGCAAAGCCGCGCCGCAGACCCCCUCGAAGCGCGCCCCAAGCCGAAAAGCGAGCCUCGAUGUCCAACGCACACCAAAAGCCGCGCCCAAGCCCAAUCUUUCCACGCCGAUGAAGAGGAAGAGGGAGGAUGAAGAUACACUGGAGAACGUGGAUUACGCAGCCGAGCUGCUCUCCCCACAAGGACCUUCCGUCAUAGGACCCACGCCUCAGCGCGAUGGCAUAGUGCUAGGUCUCUUCGACCAGCUCCCGUUCGCGCAAGGCACCCCGAGCAAACCGCGGACUGUACUAGGAGAUGUAGGAUUGAAUGUUCCACAAACACCGAGUAGGAGACUACAAGAUGCAGCAAGCGAGACGUCGCUAGAGUCAAGAGCACGGGGGGAGCGGACACCACUGUCAGCCGGAAAGCGAUUCCUCCUGAAUCAGUUUGUCACACCGAAAAAGAGGAGGUUAGACGAGCAGGGUACACCUUCGUCUACGACUCGAGGCCUUGCUACACCUGCAUUCCUGAAGAGGGACAACGUCUUGAGCGCUAUCGACGAGGUGGAGGAGCCCAUAUCACGUCCUGCGCCCUGGAUGCGCCGCGGCCUGGGACGCAGUUUGAGUUCCAUGAUACAAGCGAUGAGGAAAGACGAGGAGGACCAACUAGACGAGGAAGCGGAUAUUAUGCGCGAACUGGAAAUGGAGGAAGAAGGCAUCGCCGUACCGAAGAAGUCUAGAGCGCCGCAGAUCUUGAUCGAAGAUAGCCAGGCGGCAAUGCCCCUAGGCCCGGACCGAGGCCUUGAGUCUGAUGAAGACAGCGACGAAGAGCCAGAACUUGGUCGUGACGGCAAGCCGCGAAAGGCUUGGAAGAAGAAGGGCUUGAAGAGGCAGACACGGCGAGUGAUAAUGCGUCCGAACGUCGUAAAGCCCAAACCAAUACCAGCCGUACAGACACAUGACGAAUUAGACGAGGAGCAAGCAGCCGUCCCUGAAACACAAGUACCAGCAGACAUAGCAGACGAGUUUGGUUCUGAUCUGGAUGGAGACUCCGACUACGCGAGUGACGCUUCACAUACCCCGAGGAGACGGAAAGUGCCAGCAAAGAAACCAGAGCAAGCAAAGGAGAAGCCGGUCAAAGAGGGCGUCCUGAAGACGGCGGCCCGAAAGAUCAAGGCUACGGCAAAUGCCAAUUAUCGGAGACUCAACAUCAAGGGCAAGGCAGCGACUGGUGGAGGUGGAAAGGGAAAGUUUGGGAGAAGAAGAUAA